UUUUCAAAAGCAACCGUCAAGUCUUAGUAACACAUUUUGAUUAGUUUUGUUAAUUUUAGCUUAUCUUUAAACCCUUUUUACUUUUUAUCUUAAUUCUUGAUCAUUGAAUAAUUAAUCAAUUGAAACUUGAAUGAUUGUUAUUUACUCUGGAAUCAUUGUUAUGUAACUAAUUGUUGUGCAAUUAUCAAAUAAUAGUAUUAAAUUGUGAUAAAGUUUAUCGUCUCAAAUCAUCUAAACCUUGGCCUUGUGUAACUUACGUUUGGUAUCAACCCUUGUCAUCUGGAUUUAGCUGCUUGUCUUUGUCUUGCGGUGUUCACUUGAUUGUUUUGUUUUAUUUCACUUAUGGUACAUUCAAUUAUGAUUAUCAAAGGAAUUGUUUCAGAUUAAUAGUGUAUGUUGUGCAUGAUGGAUGGACAACGACUAAUGGAUUCUUCAAUAUCCAUUCCAUCGGCUCAAAAACCAGCUAUAAUAAGUAUGAAUCCAAUGGAUACUUCAAGCUCUUUAACAGAUCAACUGUUCAUGACUUCAGGCAUUCUAGUUGCUUGGACCAUGCUUAUUAUAUUCGGACUGUUCAUAACCGUUAUAAGUAUUCUUUUGGUUUAUAAGGCUCGUCAAAGGAAAAGUUCAAGUCUUAAUCCAUUGGAAGGAAUUGGAACCAGUAAAUCAGCCAAUUAUAAUGGCCAAGAAUCGGGUUACUCUGAUGAAUUGACUCCUCCAAACUCAUCUUCAGUUAAUAUUGGAAAUUUUGUGCCAAUUACCAGAAGGAUUAAGGUAUCAUCGUCUUAUGCCUCAUUGACAAGCGAUUCCUCGUCAGAGGAAGAAUUUCCCGAAGGAAGAAGAAAAAGUCAAAUUUCAAUGACCCAUGAAUUGACUGUUGGACCUAAAGGAACUGUCCGUGCAUUCCCAGUACAACCAUUGUCGCGAGAAACAUCAGUUAAAGGACACCAUCAACGUAAUUCAAUGAACCACAAACUACCAGGAAAUUCAGUGGCUACAGUCUCUACUGUAAAUAACUCUGGAAAUGAAAAGAAGCCUCAAUUGACCAUCUCAAUGUCCCUCGAUUCUGAGACCAAUUUGGUUAAAGUUACUCUGGUUAAAUGUGAACAUUUGAAACGAUCCAUUGAACCCAAAGAGUCUACUUUCCGUAGAGUUGUCCGUGCUCGUGGUCUAUCAAGUGGAUAUCUGCCUUUAGGAGUUUUAGCUCGAGUCUAUCGACUGUCUGAUGUUAGAGAUGUCUUCUUGCUCUCCCGGCAAUCAUCAACUCUUAGCUCAACUGGACCAGGAAGGACAAGUCGGUCAACAUCAACUGAAAGUGAACCCGGAACCCUACCCAAUCCAGGGAAAAGUCCAGCUCCACUGAUGGAAACGCCUCUGAUUAAAUCUCGAAAAGGAUCGUUCGUUAAAUUCAAUGAGGAAAGUGAUUCAAUUGAAAUUUCUGUUGAUGAUUUUCCUCUUCGAGUCAGUCUCUAUGAAAUGGAUAAAAAUAAGGUUAAAUCACCUUUGGGUCAUUCAAUUAUUGAUUAUCUGACAAGCUUAAAUGUUUCAACCCUAAAUCAAAUUGUUCUCAAUGUUCGCUUAUAUGAAACUGUCUUUGAAGCUAUGAAAGCCAACCAAGAACAGAAUAAAGGUUAAUUGUGAUUGUUAUUAGCAUAAACAAAAACAGCAAAUGAAAACAAAGAUCAGAAUGUCAAUCAUCAAAAAGAGUUAUAAUCAAAGGUAAGAUUGUAAAUUUCAAUCAAUUUAAUAUUUGCUGAUCAUUAAGGCCUUGGUUUGAUUAGGGUUCAAUUUGUAAAUUAAUAUUAAUAACCAAUCCUUAGUCCAUUUUUAUUUUAUUUUCAUCGUUAUAAUCAUCAUCCUGUGUUUAAUAAUAGCAUAAUCAUCUUCACCCUUUAAUACAACUUAAAUAAGCCCCAAACCAUUUGAUCACCAAACGUUAAUUAACUUUGUUGAUUCAUGUUUUUUUAAGUGUCAAUGUUUUAAAUUAUUACUGCUAUUUAAAAACUCAGUCAAACAUUUAGAUUGUAAAUUAAAUAGAACCAAUUAGUGAAAACAAA